ACACACAGAGAAAGAUAAAAAAUAGGAGCAAACAUCGCAUCCUGAUCCUCCGCCAGGACCGCCACCAAAGCUACGUCAGGAUGGCGGCGGAUCCGAGCAGGCGGCGGCCGGAGUACCAUCCGGCGGUGAACGACGUCCUGUUGACGCUCACCAACGCCAGAGGCACCCUCGCCGACGUGCAGCGCCGACUCGACCUUGAGUUCCGCGCCGCCUACCCUGACCAUGCGAAUCCGGCGAAGCUGGUGGCGCGGGUGAAGCGGUUGGAGGAAGAGGCGGCCGCGCUCAAGGAGAUGUGCCGCGACCUCCUCACCCAGAAGCAGGAGCUGAUCGACCAGAUCCGCGUGAGCUUGAUGGCGCAGCGUGGCAUGACGCAGCGGCUGCUCGCUGCGUCCGGGCUGCCCCCCUUGUCCGACGCCGACGAGACCGUCCACAACAGCCUCAACGAGGUGAUCCAAGACUGGACUGCUCAAGUCAGUCCCAUCACAAGGGAGAUCGAGGACCUGGACAAGAAGAAAAAUGCCAACCAGAUGCUCUUCUCAGCGAUCAUUUAGAGAGAACAGCUUCGACGCUCGGCUAUUGAGGGACUCUUGGACACUGGCUGAACAAUUCCAAUGUAGCUGCGCUCUUUUCAGGCGCGCGGAGAUGCAAUGCAACCUGCCAGACAUAUAUGUCUACCAUUUGC